AUGUUCAAGAAACUCUACGCGUGGUGGACGCAGAAGAGCCAGAGGUAUCUCCUGCUGGAAGCUAUCGGCGAUGCACGCCUGUUCGAGGAAUGGGAGGCUGCUGCGUACAAACUCGAUGAGGUCCUCGACUACGACAUGUGGCGGCAGACAGCCAUAAGCAAAGACUACGACCACCGUCUCAUCCACCAGCGUCUCUCCGCCAUCUACGAAGCCCAAGAGGACAACGAUAUUCUCGGCCUGAUAAAUAUUCUCCGGAGCGGACUUGUCCGCAAUCUUGGAAACAUAACAGCACCCAAGCUGUACAACCGCGCAUACGCAGGGACAAAGCUCUUGAUCGAAGACUAUGUCACACAGGUGGCCUAUGCGAUUGAGAACCUCACACAAUACCCUACAUCAAGGAACUCGGAUACUGGCCUGACGAACCAGGCAAAGCUGGAUAUUCUUCACGACACGAGACAAGCGUUUGGGAGAUCGGUACUGGUUCUACAAGGUGGACAAGUUUUUGGACUUUGCCAUCUGGGCGUAGUGAAAGCGCUUCAUUUACGCGGUCUGCUCCCUCGUAUAAUUGCUGGGACCGCUACUGGUGCAAUUAUUGCUGCGCUCGUAGGCGUACAUACCGAAGACGAGUUACUGGAGUUCUUGACAGGAACGAACAUCGACCUGACGGCUUUUACCAACCGCCCGUACAGGAAAGAUGCCGGGUUCACUGCAUGGGUUGAAACUCUCAACCGACGUGUCAACAGAUGGUGGAAGGAAGGCCAUUUUCUGGACGUGGAUGUGUUGGAGCAAGUUCUCAGGGCCAACAUCGGGGAUUUGACCUUUGAAGAGGCAUAUACCAGGACGAAGAGGGUUCUUAACAUCACAGUCACUACCAGUGGCAGUGGCGGUGUGCCGAACCUGCUAAAUUACCUUACGGCUCCUAAUGUGGUGACUUCUUGA